AUGGCUUGGCAGUUAAGUGCCCUUGUGAUGGCCAUAACCUGUUUGAUGUUAUGCCGAACAAGCGAGCAGUCCUCAGAAAGUGAGCUGCUGCAGCAGCUCAGGAAGCAGCUGGAGUACCCUAGGCAGCUGGAAGUCUGGAACAACCCAAGUGGCAACCCCUGCUACACUCAGCCCACUUCGGUGGUCACCGUAACGUGCGAGGGGGAUGCCGUUACGGAGCUCAAGAUCGUCGGUGAUAGGAUCACCAAGCCACCAAAGUUCAGUGGCUAUCCUCUUCCAAAUGUUAGCCUCUCUGAAGCCUUUGUUAUCGACUCAUUUGUCACUACGCUGACAAGGUUAACUACCUUGCGGGUUGUGAUCCUGGUGUCUUUGGGCUUAUGGGGCCCUCUCCCCGACAAGAUUCACCGGCUGUCUUCGCUUCAAGUGCUUGACCUGAGCUCAAAUUUUCUGUAUGGAUCGAUCCCUCCGAAGCUGUCAGCCAUGUCGAGGCUUCAGACCCUGACACUGGAUGGUAACUACUUCAAUGGAACUGUGCCAGACUGGUUUGGUUCGCUCUCGAACCUCACGGUCCUUCGUUUGCAGCGUAACCGGUUGAAGGGGUCAAUACCAGCAUCAGUUGGUAAAGCUACAAUGCUUACCGAGCUAGCUCUUGCUGGCAACAAUAUCUCAGGCGAGGUUCCAGCUUUGGGUAGUUUGGUAAAACUUGAGAUGUUGGAUUUGAGGGACAACGAGUUGGACGGAGAGCUUCCAGACAUGCCUACAGCAUUGGUGACAGUCCUGCUUAGCAAGAACUCAUUCAAGGGUGAAAUUCCUGAAAAGUUUGGUCAACUGAAAAGGCUCCAACACCUUGAUCUCUCAUUCAACUUUCUCGAGGGCAGUCCUCCUGAAGAACUCUUUGAUCUCCCAAACAUCAGUUACUUGAACCUGGCAGCAAACAUGCUCAGCGGAUCACUUUCGAGUAGUUUAACAUGCAGCAGCACCCUGGGCUUUGUGGAUCUGUCUACUAACCGAAUCACAGGUGACCUGCCUGCUUGUCUAAGCGCCAACUUGAAUAACAGGGUUGUUAAGUUUGACGGGAAUUGCUUUAGUGCUGACCCUGAACACCAGCAUGAGGCUAACUAUUGUCAACAACCUCAUAAGGGGGGAAGAUCAGGCAAGGAUGUUGGACUUGUGGUUACUAUUGUCGGUAUAGUGCUGAUUGUGCUUGUUCUUUCUCUUCUACUAAUGGCAUCAAACAAAAGAAACUGUCAGAGAGUUACAGCAGAACAACAGUUGCUGCAAAAGCAAAUGCAAGAUAAUUCGACUCCAGGAAUGUCCUCCGAACUGCUAGAAAGUGCAAGGUACAUAUCUCAAGCCGUGAAGUUUGGGUCGCAAAUAAUGCCCACACAUCGUGUAUUUUCUUUAGAAGAGCUGAAAGAAGCAACAAAAUGCUUUGAACGGUCAGCAUUUUUAGGCGAGGGAUCCAUUGGAAAGCUAUACAAGGGAAAACUAGAGAAUGGAACCGUGAUUGCGAUAAGAUGUUUGGCAUUGCACCACAGAUAUUCAAUAAGAAAUCUAAAGCUUCGAUUAGAUCUACUCGCGAAGCUUCGCCACCCAAAUUUGGUUUGCCUCUUGGGGCACUGUACUGACAACGCAGUUGAUGAGUCAAGUGUAAAAAGGGUCUUUCUUGUUUAUGAAUAUGUACCUAAUGGGACUCUGUCUUCUUAUCUUUCUGGCUCUACUCCUGAGAAAACACUGAAAUGGUGUGAUAGACUACAUGUGCUGAUCGGCAUUGCAAGGGCUGUUCAUUUCUUACAUACAGGAAUAAUUCCUGGUUCCUUGUAUAAUCGGUUGAAAACUUCUAAUAUUUUGCUUGAUGAACACCAUAUUGCAAAACUGAGUGACUACGGUUUGUCCAUAAUCACAGAGGAGAUAUACAAACAUGAGGCAAUAGGAGAAAGGCAGAGAUACAUACAAAAUAACGCUGAAGAAUUGGAAACUUUGCAGGAUGAUGUAUGUUCUUUUGGUUGCAUUAUACUUGAAGCACUUAUGGGCUCCAAAUUACAUAGAAAAGGAGAUCCUUUUAUUUUAAGUGAACUGCCAACAUGGGUUAUGUCUCUAUCAUGCCAGGAAGAGCGUGAGCACGUUCUGGAUCCGGUCGUGCUCGGGACCUCAUCGCAGGACUCACUGUCAAUGGUGGUCUCCAUCACGAUCAAAUGCCUAUCCGUUGAAUCCUCAACCCGGCCCUCCAUCGAAGAGGUUCUCUGGAACCUGCAGUACGCCGCGCAGGUCCAGGGGACGGCCGACGGCGAUCUGAGAUCAGAAGUUUCUUCGCAAGCCUGUUAG